AUGAGCUCUGAUAAUGAUAGAUGUGACGCAAGAUUGCGUGAUAGUCGUAAGGAAUCCCCCGACAGAUGGGGCAAGGGAGACAGGCAUGAUAGUGAUGCGGCUACGGAAACCAACAGAAAUGAUCCCCAAUCUAUUCGCUGUCGAGUUUUUAUUGGCAAUCUUCCAUCGGAGAUGAGCAGCAAGGAACUCAAAGAAACUUUUUCUCAAUAUGGCCCUGUGGUAGGCGUAUCAGUUCAUAAUAACUUUGGAUUUGUCCAGUUUGAAGAUGACAAAUCAGCCGAUUCAUCUGUUGCAAAGGAACAUGGCAAAGUUUAUUAUGGCAAGCGAGUAGGUGAGUGAGCACCUCAAGAACUGCUUUGGCAUCCUCAGAAUCUACAAGACUUUUUCUUUUUCAUCUCAACAGUCGCAAGCACCCAUGAAACCAAGGUUUUAUGCAGGAAGGAGCAUGGAUUUUUCUUGGACAAUCCCGGUUUUGCCUUUUUGACCUUUUAUCUCUUUGUACUGUAUUUUUUUUGGUUAUUUGCCUCCAGUACAGAGAGGAGAAAUAUUUUUGUUCAAAAUGGACUCUGCUUUUGUUAAUCAAGAUCUUUAAGUUCCAUUUUGUCUACUGACGUACUGUUAUAAUCGUAGUCCUUGUAUUUCUGGAAGAGUGCCCUUUGUUAGGGUGUAGGAAAGGAAAUAAAUAUACACCAGGGCCUUUAGAAGGCGGUGGUUGCUUCCAAUAUGUGAAUAUCUUCAGGAUUAGAUCCAGGCUGUUUCAAUUUGACAGGGAAGCUGAUGCAUAGUUUUAUCAUCAGCAUUUUUUCAUAACACAUUCUUUUAAAUUGUCUUAGGAAGUGCACCAAAUUCAGACUGAAUUAGAACCUGCAGCACAAAACAGAGAAGUUGUUCCUUUUUACAAGGUGUUUGUCUGGCAGUGGGAAUUAGUCAAGUUUUGAACUUUAGAGUUUGUUCUUUGAAAAGUGCAGUCAAGGUUAUAGUUCAACGUUCUUUCAACACAUUGCAGUUAAAAUCAUACAUCUUGUUCACACACUUGUGACUCGGUACAGUUGGUAUCACUUGCUUUCAACUUCAUUGAAUUGAUUCGCGCAUGGUUUUCUUUUAGCUUGUCCAUUCCUUUUAUUACUUCUCUUAAACUUGUCAUUUGGUUUUCCCCGAUCUACUGUAUCGGAGGCAAAUUGCUAGGUUGUGGUGAUUGCCACAGUUAACAACCAAAGGCAGUAUGGCCUAGACAUCUCAAUUCUCUUUUUAAUCUUAAAAACAGUUGUAUAACAUUUAUAACUUUCUUUGACUGAAGGUUGUGUUUACAGGGAUGUCAGUAAGGAAAAGCUAAGCAGGCCUUUUCAUUAGUCAAGCCAGGGUUGUCAGAAAGUUUUGAAAUAGACGGCUGAGUUGUCAAAGUAAGCGGCCAGUCCAGGGAUAUUUUUUAAAAAAAACACCAUCCAUAAAGAAAUGCCAAGCAGAGAAGCCGGCCUAUACUAACCAAGUAGGUGGUGAUUUUCACUGGCAGCUGGCUACUUUUGACAACCCUGGCAAGCUGGAUUUAUUAGUCAACAACAACUUCAAAACGUUUCCCCAUGUCUUUGUUUUGAGCUGGUGGUAAGCUCUUUUUCAGCCUGUGAAAACAGCUGCCAGCCAGCUCUUGGAGACAUUCCCUUGUUUAUUUGCAGGUCUGCCACCUAAAUCUAAAUCAGCUCUUAGCUGCUCCAGCCAGCUCAUCUCUACACAUUGUACAACAUUCUAGUUCUUGAUGUUUACAAUAUUAUUUCUUUUUUCUUGUAGAUGUUAAUUUAGCUGGAGAUCGAAGAAAACCAAACAAGAUGGAUGACAGACCAAGAGAUAGAGACAGCAGGCCACCAUUUCCCUUCAGGAGAGAACGUGAAUUUGACCGCGAUGGCAGACCAUUUAGAAGAUCUCCACCCCGUGAAAGGCCCAGGUUUGAGGACUAUGACCGGUUCCCCUCACGUUUUGAGCCUCCGUUUGAACGUCGUGGCAGGUCCCCUUCUCCACCUCCACCUCGAAGAAUGGAUGACCGACCGGGUUAUGGUCGGCAUGAUGAUUACUACAUGAGAGACCGUUACAGGGAUGAACCUCCCCACCACAGAGAACCAUACCCACGACAAUCCUAUGACCACAGGGGUGAUGCGUUUGAGCGGGAUCGACGUGAUCCAUAUGACUCCCCAAGGGGACCAUAUCCUGAUAGGCGAGAUGAUCGUUAUGAUCGCUAUGACUCAUAUGGGCGUGAUUAUCCGCGGCCUGACGAUUAUCCAGGUGCAGCUAAGAGACCCAGAAUGGAUUACAAUGACCGUCCUGAAGACUCCUACAGCAGUAGUAAAACCAUUGAAGCACCAACAGACUGUGUCAUAGUAGUGAUGAAUAAACAACAAAGGUGAGUAUUAAUGAUUAUUAACAAAUUGCAUUUAUGUGUACAGACAGAGUACAUGUACACUAGGAACAGGUAAGCCCUUGUUUCCAUCCCUCAAACUGCCUUUUCCUUCUUACUUACACUUCUAUGAAACUUCUCCUGAAGUUUCUGGAGUUGACCUUGUUUUGAUACAACCCUUCCUGCUUUAUGUUUAAUCCAUGUUAUUCUUAUGCUAACUAGUUUUUUCAGCAGUGAUUUUAUUAAGAAAAGGAAAGAGGUGUGUAUCAAAACAAGGUCAACCUCAGCCUCGUGUUCACUCGGAGGCUAGGGUACUAAGCUCAUAACUGUGGAAUGGUCUAUUGCAAGCUACAAAAUUUGUGUAGUGGAAGGAAAGAAAUUCCUUUAAAAUACAAGAUGAUUUUUAUGCGUUUUUCUGUCACUACAUUGUAGUAACGUUACAAUAAGCCUCAUAAAAAUUUAAUGGUCAGUUUAACCAGAGCUUAAUUUUGAUGUUUAACAAAACAACAUUACAUCAUGUUAAGUCUUUCUGAGUUUUGCCAACCAGAACCCCCACAUCCUUGCAUCAUUGUUUGGUGUUAACAUAAUCAUAAAGCUAAGGCUUAUUAGUAAAAUCCAACUAGUGGUCAAUUAUCAAUCCUGCACUCUGAUUGGUUAAUUGAGCUACUACUAGACUAUAUGUUAUAGCCCACCAGCAGCAAAGAGUGCCGGAUUUUUGGCGGCAAAAAGGGAUUUAUGUCUAGCUUUAACCAGCUAAAAGUUGUUUUGUCUCGAUAUUUUUGACCAACUGGUUGGAUUUUACUAACACAAUUAUUCCUCUCGCCCUCAUGGCCUCUGAGUCAAUAGCCCAUUUGGCCUCCGGCCUCAUGGGCUAUUCACUCAGAGCCCAUUCGGGGUCGAGGAAUAAUUGUUAAUUAAUCAUUAGAAUCCAAACUAGCACAUAAACAAACACUUUACACACAAUAUUGGAGACUCAUAGUGGCUUAAAUUAGUCUACAUUGUUUUAAAUCACCAGUCCUUAACGUUUAGAGUCUGUAAGCAGAAACUUUUUUCUAGUAAAUCAGCUCUAUCGUUUGCACUCAAUUUUGCUGUUGUUGGUAGUAUUUUUGUGACCUUCAACUUUCGCAGGUGUGCAAAAUCAACAUGAGAGCUUAUUAGCAGCUGUAGUAACUCUCAUGGUCACAGCUGUCAGUCAUCUCUCGAACAUUAGUGUCAGAGGCAUUUUUACAUUAAUUUACAUUUUGUGUAGAACAGUAUACAGAAAAAUGUAGAUGUAGUUAGUUUACCCACAUUACUUGGAGGAACUUGAAUUUAGUGUUGGUUUUUGAGAAGAGGGAAAACCAUAGUACCCUGACUGAGAAAAAAAGGGGUCUUGAUCAGGCUUAUCAAUUGCUUAAGGCUACAGCUGUAUUCAGUGGUAUAAAAAUAAGUAGAACUUGCAAUAUAUGCAUUUCUACAUUCUACAUAUUUAUGGUCGUUUUUUUUAUUCAGAUUGUCCAGUUGUACACUGUAUGUAGUUCUGAAUAAUACUGUUGUUGACCUGUAGUGACUGAUGUUUUGACAAACUUUUCAGAAGUCAACUUUGGAGUCGAAGCGAGUUGUGUAAUUAAUACCAUGUACACGUACUUGCUUGAUUCUAAAGAUGUCUACUACCACAGUCAUGUUAUCUAGAUGUCAUUUCACUGUCAACAACAGUCCUACAUGUAGUUAGGACUUGCAUGUAUACAAUGUAUGCACACCUGGAUGAACUUAUUAAAUUGUUGAACCUACUUGUGACUGAGAUAGCUUCUGUGUUCAAACCAUUUACACUACACCAUGUUUAUUCAGAGGUUAUGCAGAAAUGGUGGAGAGAAGAUUAAAGGCCUUGGGAUUGGUAGUGGAGCUGCAUUUUCAUGGAACCCAACCAAUUACAGAACUUCUGGAUGACGUGGCUCGUCGUGGUGUGCUGUAUGCCAUUGUUAUAACCAGUCAGCAUGAGAUUCACCGCUCAGUGACGGUCAACAUUCUACAUGGAAAUCCACAAGGUAAAGAUCAAAAUCUCCUUGCAAGGAUAAAGAAACACACCGGUAAGGGGUUCAUGGGCUGAGGAGAAAACUCUAGCUUAACCCUUUAAGCCCCAAUAUCCACAUACAAAUUCUCCACACAGCUCUCUAUACAUAUCCUUAAAGAAUAACUGGAGGGAAUUUUGAUAAAAGGAUCAAAGCAUUUCGCCUUAGGUCAUUAUUUUAUUUAGUCUCAUAAUCUUCUCCCUUGAUCGUGUUUUGAAAUUGUUGGGAGAAAAUUGAUGUUUGUCACUCUUGGGACAAAAAGGUUAACCGUAAAAUAAAUGAAAUGAUAUUACGGAAAGAAGAUGAAAGUGUGAGAGCAUCCACUGCAUCAUUUAUUAACUGACUGUAUAGUGUUAAUAAAAUUAGACAUAUCACAGAAGUGAUUCAUGCUACAGUGUACCUUAAAUAUACAAGUUCGGAAAGUGGUAUUAUAACCCCUCUGUAAGCUCAGCUCUUGGGAUGUAUACAUGUAUUACACUGCUGUGUACACGGUGCAUGGAUGUCGUGCAGUUCAACAAAGGCCUGGCUUACUUUACAUGUAUCUUAGAAUAAAAUCUAAAAUAGAAUGAAGUAUCAUAAUAUUAAUUUAAAUUGUAAAAUGUAUGAUACAUGUACAGCCUUCUGGCUUAACUUGCGAUCAAGUUUUUUUAUGAUGUGUCUAAAUUUUCAAUAGUGCUAUCCUAUCCCAUCACACUCUUGUGAUAUGUGAACUGCCAUUUAUGUGGCUCUCUUUCCUAAGGCAAAAACUGAUUGCAUGAACCUUUGUUUUUUAACCAGACAGCGGCCAAAAAUUAUUGACUAGCAGGGUUCUGCCAUUUAUACAUAUACACUGUAACCCAUAAACAUUGUUCCAUUGUCAAUGUAACCAUGACAACUGCUGGACUCCUGUCAUUUUUUUUUCUGUGAAUUUAAGUGAAAUCUGCUACAGUAAAAUGCAUGUAUUGCAGCCUUCUAGGAGCCCAACUUAAACAAACUGCAGAACUUUAUUUUCUCAUCAUGAUUACUAGUAAGAAAAUUAUAACAUUACCUGUACACUUCAUUAGUGUUACUCGUGACUACCUGUCUAUGUAUGUACACGAGUGUGUGCUAACAGUGUCAACUCAGUUUUAAAUUUGUUUAUUGCAAUCUUAGUUGUUUCUGUACUUUGUGCACGUGUACAGUACUGUGCAGUCCAUUACUUUUGGGUGAACAAAACCAUGCAAAAUGCAGUGGUGCAGAGCAAAGCAGUAAAGUGAUAUAUAACGAUACUAUUAUUAACAUUGGUUAUUAUAAAGAAACUUUGACAAAGCUAACAACUUUCUUUUAACAGCUAAAUUUUGCAGCUUUUUAUUAUUGAGGAAACUUCUUUGAACCUGCUUGAGCAAGCCCUUUCACCUGUGAAGCUGCCACCUGACUUAAAUUUGCUCUUAUGAAUAUGCUCUUAAAACGUUUUUACCAUGGCCAUUUUUGUUCUUUAUACUACUCAUUUUUUCACCCAUUCCAGGGAGGAUUUGCUCUGUUGGAUGACUCCCCCCCAGAUGUCAAAAGACCUCAAACCACCCUCCCCCCCUCCCUGUAAGCUGAUAACUACAAAUAAUCCCAAACCCCAAAUUAUGACAUGGAAAUAGCUUAGGAUAUUAUGUGAACUCUUACAUGAAGUACAUACCAUCAAAAUUCGCUUUUAUCAGUAAUAACGAAAUUAUCUUGAAUCACUCAGUGAUGAAAUAAUAUCUGAAAAAUGCCCCAGAAACCAUACUAUGAAUAAAAAAUCGAGAGAAGAAAUGAGACUCCCAGAUAAUCCGGGAGAGUUGGGAUAUUUGUAUUUGUAUAUGCCAGAAACUGUGCUGUGAAUAAAAAUAUUCGCAUUUUGAAGAAAAAUUGGACUUCUGGGUAAUCCAGGAGCAUUGGCAUAUUUGUUAUUAUGAUUUAUUAUUAUUUCUACUGUUAUUAUUGUUUAUUUAUUAUUAUGUUUACGCUUUUUUUAUACAGUGAAAACGUAAUCAUUCAGUAUUACACUUCCAGUCAUUUUGGAAGUAUAAAACGGAAGAUUUACCUAAGAAACAUUCAUCUUAUCAGUUUAUUAUUAUGCUCUUAAUAUAUUAAUAUAUUACAUAUUAAUAUAUUAAUAUAUCAUAUAAGAUUACUUAAGAACCGUAUGUCAUCUUGCUUACUGAUUUAUUACUACCAUUUUUGUACUGAGAAUCACAACCAGGGAACAGUUUUGGUGUAAAAGUUUGUAAAAUGUUGUUAUGUCUGUUUAUACUGGAGCACCUAUACUAUAUCACCCACACUGUUGGUUAGUUUAUGUAAUGUACAUUCCCCUCUCUAGGUUUUUAUAAUAAUUAUGUGAUAAUUUAUUUAAACAAAACAAUGCUCCCAUUUUAUAAACCUUAGGGACAAUUUUUAUCAAACCAAGAUUUUGGCACAUUUCUGUUAAAUAAUGUAUUUGUUUCAAAUUAUUUGUUGGUAACAUGCUACAUUGACUAUUGUGUCAUGUAAUUAUAACACAAGACAUAUUGUCAACUGGGACAAUUAAUUUUAAUUGUUUUAUUUACAUAGGUCCUGCAGGAAGUGUUUUUUGCUUCCGCUUCAGUUUGUGCUUUGUGAUGGGUAUUGUGUCCCUUCUAGCUCGAUAGUAAACUUUUAUUAACAAUUGAAACUCAUCCUUUUAAGAAAGGCACACCUUCCUUUUUUAACGAUGCUUUAUGGUAUUACCCCUAGUGCUUGAGUCAGUAGUGCACCAACCAUCAGUUACAAUCCAAAAUUAAUGAAAAAGUUAUCUGAUAUCCCUAGAAGUAUUGUUUGUGUUUGACAAAAUGCUGAAUAGUACAGUGCAGGCCCAAACUAAGCAAACAACGCAAGUGCAAAGUAGACACACGUAUGGGUCAGCUCGGACAUAAGUACUCUUCAGUGCUGACUAGCAUCUGUGUCAGCUUAUAGACGUCAGUCGCUAUGACAACUUUGCUUGCUUGUUCUAAGGAUAUGAGAGACUAAAACUGUGAUUAAUUGUGAUUCUAAAAUUUGGCCGACAUUGCUCAGCAUCCCACUGUUAGGUGUAAUUGUAAUUCUAGGUUCAUACACCUGAAGGAUCCCAGCCGUUUUCUUAAGAGCUUAAGACCAGAGCCAGCAUAUUUAACAGCAGCAAAAUCAGCAUAAAAUAAAACAAAACUUGCAUACAUGUACAGGAGAAUCAAUAGUUCACGCUUUCCUGCUGAUUUUUUGUGUUGGUCAUUGUGUCAUUUACUGCCUCACAAUAAUUUCAUUCUCAGUCGAGUUUUGACAUGCAUUCUUACUAUAGUUAGUGUACAUAUAUAGUUGUGACUUAAAUUCACCAUGGGCAAAAAAAAGUUGACACUCACCCCUACACACACAAAAAAAUAAGGGCAAGUAAAUAAUAAAAUGAUGAUAAUUAUUAAUAAAUUACAGUAAUUGAUCCCCCCCAAAAAAAUAGUCAUAGCUAAACCUCAGCUACCCAAGCUGUAAAAGCUAGUACAGCAAACAAAUGUCUAAACGAAAAGUAAAUACAAUAUCUGUAUAUAUCUGUAUAUUUAAGUACAUUAAUUAAUUUUUAAGAACACAUUUUGGACAUGACAUUGAUCAACUUUUCCCACUUGCUAAGAUGUUUAUUGGACGUGCUCCCUUUCCUGAGAAUAAUUUAGAGUUCAAUGUUGCAAAUAACAGGGCUCGAAAUUGCGACUGAUAUGGUCCCGAAUUCAUAUGACCAACAUUUUUUCCUUGGCGACUGAAAAUUCUGGUUUAGUCACCACUUUGGCGACCAGAUUUCUCUAUUAUUUAGAUUUAAAGUAAAAGAGUAAAGGUAAAAGUAACAUUUCAUCUUAUCUUGCUUUGCUUUCGUCAUUAAAAAAUGUGCCAAAUCGCACCUCAAAGCCAGUAUACUUCCAAAUUUAUACCCACCUCUGUCUGUGAUAUUUUCAAACAAUUAAAUCUGAUAGAUUGCGCCAUACGAUGAGCUGCAUCACUUACAUUAUACAAACUGGCAACUAAGAAUUUGCAUCUGGCGACUUCUCUUCUCCAGUUGGUCGCCAAAAGGCGACCUGAGGAUUUUUUAAAUUUCGAUCCCUGAUUAAUAUGCCUGGUUCAGGCAAUGAACCCCCUGAAUGGAGGGUAUACCCUUUUCUGAUUAAUAUUAUUGUAACACUUUCCCAAGAAACCAAGUUUGAUUAAUUAAAAGAAUAUGAAAUGUACCGAAAAUUAUAUCCCCUUCUUGUAAAUUCUCAACAAAGAUAUUAUAAUCUCACAACCAGGACAAGGAAAAGUGUAUGUGGGAUUCAAGUUCAACUUGGCAGAAAGCACAUCAAAGUGAUUAAACCAUGCCAAAACGAGAAAGUUUCUCAUUCGUAAAUACAAUAUGGAUUAACAUUUUGAACUGAAAUUGCUUCCGUUUGGAUUGUGAUGUUGUUUGAUACCAAUUGAACUUUUUUUUUCCCAGUCAAUGGUUAAAUGAGGGUACUUUUACAGAUACAGUGUAGUGUACAUAUACAGCUGUGAAUCAAAGUUAAUUAUUUUACUGUCUCUCCUUUGAACAAAUCUUUUCAAAAAUUGACAGUGUAAGUGGCUUCUACAGGGAAGCUCAACAUAGCAGCCUUUACAUCCUCUUUUCUUACAUUCUGUUUUGACUUUGAGUAAUUGAACCCCAAAGAUGUGUUGUUAAAGCAAGUUUAGUUUAUUUAUUUCCUUGAACAUUUAGUCUUAGCAAACAUUAUUUUGACCAAAAAUAUUAGCUGGCAGCAUUGCCUAUUUGGGGAAGAUUCCUAAUUCUCUGAAACACUGUUUCUCUUUCAUGUACAUACCAUUUAUUUUUGUAAUUCUAAUAUACUCAAUUUUCCCAAGCUCUUAAUAUAUGUUUAUGUUAAUAACAGGGUUAACAUGCGAUUAAAGUUAAGCCUGAUUCACCCUUUUAGCAUAAUGUUAACAACAAAAUGACGUAAACGUACAGAAACGAAAAGAAAUAGUUUAUUAGUUUCUUAUGGAGGGAACCGUUUGAUGAGUCAUGGAGUUCAUCUUGCAGAAUCAGUUGAACUGCAAUGAAUGCACCUGGCCGACAUUUUGGCUUGCGAUAUACUGUUUUCACAAGUUGAUUUCUGUCGGUAAACAAAUAAGUAUGAAUUUAAGAUAAGAAAAUGGAUUCUUUAUUUCUUGAAAAUGUUGGCACUUACGUAAUUCCUUACAAAUCAGUGGUCCUGAAGAAAACUAGAGAGUGUAAAAAUUAUUCGUAAAAGCUGAAAUUCUAAUAAUGAAAGGACGUGGCAGUAAUAUUAAAAGCUAUUUGCCAAUUUAUAAUAUAAAAAGACUGUAAAGAUAUAACAGGUACUACCGGUUCUUACAAAGACAAUACUAGUGGACUCAUAUAUAAUAUAUACCUUCCCUUUUCUUGGCAAGAAAGGUUCCAGUUUAUAGGUAAUGUUGUCAAAUAUAGAUGUCUGCUUUUGUUGGCAUGACAGUAUCGUGGUAUUACGUUAUUCUUGGAAUUUCUUUUUACCGUUUUUUCCUUCCACUUAUUAUUAUGAUUCCACUUAUUAUUAUGAUUAUUAUUGUUAUUGUCAUUAUUAUUAUUGUCCCUUUAUUGUAGUUGUUUUUGCAAUUUUUGUAGUAAGCAUUGUUGCUUUUACUAUUAUAUCCCUCUCUAUUUCAGUUUAAUUCUUAACUUAUUUGAUCCUAGAAGUACCAGGUCCAAACAUGGACCUUGGUCACCAAAGAGUUCACUUCAUUGAUAGAACCCCUGUGAGGGUUCUUGUUGUUGUUGUUGGUACUUUUUUUAUACUAGGCUGCAUGGGCAUUCUUCCGCACUGGGGUUGGGUGUGUUUUUUUUGGCUGAGCAAAAAAUCUCCAUUAUAAUAAUGUUUUUCUCUGAUAUCCACAUUAAUUUGUAUUGUAUUUUCUUCCUAUUUCAACUGAGUUAACGGGUUUGGUUUACGCAAUGUAGAUCUUAUUUUGUUGAUGCACUGAAUACAUGUACUUUACAGUGUUUAUUGCCUCCUGGGAAGAUUGAAAUGAACUGUCAAUACCACGGUUCAAGUACACAAACUCUGCAUUCGAGUACACCAAAACUGCACAAUGACAAGUCAUUUUCUUGAUUUUUUUCUCGGGCGUUUGCCCCCCAAAUUGUCCCAAAAAUUGCGGGUGUUGCAUAAAACUUUUUUUUAUGGGAAACAUAGCACGUUAAUUUGCGAGACCUAAGUAGGUGCCGUAUCCUUGCUACUGAGAAGUGAAAAAAAGUUUCUUUCUUUACGUACAUGAUUUCAUUGUAAUCCGCUUUGUUUACCUCUGAUGUACACAACCUCUCAUGUAGCCGUCGUUAAGAAAGAAUAAGAAGAACAAACAUUUCUAGUAGAUAUUGAAGUAAAAUAACGACUGCAUGCAAACCUUAUUUCAAUGAGACGCGUAAAAGUGUUUGAAACCACUAGACACAUUCUUCACUCACUCAUCGUUAGCUUAAAAAAAUAGAGGGAGUCGUCAAUAAAGUAUUAUAGCAAAGUUACGUGUGAGCACGCAAGUUACCACGUAAAACUGAAACUGCGUUCCAUGCAACACCCGUAAUUGUACCCAUAGCAGAUUCGUAAGUGACCUACUUAAGUGAGCACUAAAGUGCAGGUCGUAUGCAACCGGGCCGAGGCCCCAACCAAAUCCGCCACAUCUUUAUCACUGUUAUCGUAGCAAGUCCACGUUUUUUUGCAGACAUCAAUUUCCGUCAUCAUUUUUAUGUUCACACUGAAUUUUUUUUUUAUCGUUGUUGUAAUAUGGUUAUAUGUCGCAAUGUCGCAGAAAAAAGAGAAUUGGGAGGGGUAAAAAUCCAAAAUUUUCUUCCCUUUCUUUUGUUGUGUAAGUGAUCGCUUCAGACAGGACAACCCUGGCAUUUCUUCCUUCCAGCAUAUUCUGUCUUAUUCUGAUUCUUUUCAUUGACAGCUUCUGGGCACGGAAAGACGGGAGGUUCUGUUGGCAAAACUGUUGGGACAUUAUUACCUUUCAGGAUUUGUCCUUUUUAUCUAUUUUUAUCUGAAUCCAGCUUUUAGUCCAAGAGUUUUUUUGUUUUUUUUCAUUAACGUGUCCCCCUGUUCUGCUUACCGGUAUAUAUUUUCUUCAAAAAGUAUGGAAGCUUCCUUGGAUUGUAUGCAGACUUUAGGUUUUGUCAGGGUGAAAAAGGAAGUGGGUAAGGGAAUUAGAGAGAGAGAGAGAACUGUUUCAAAGUAAUUGUCAAAAGUGCAGUUCUUGUUUUAAAAAAAUAUGUGAAACUCUAAAAAUUAACUUUUUAGCCCCCAAAGGCGUUCUUUUCUUAAUUGGUUGACCUCUAUGAUAGCAACAGCAGAAAAAGUUCCAACUGAAAAUUAGUUCAAGAACCAAAGCAUGAACAAAAAUAAAACAGACCUUUCGUAAUUGGCACAGAAGCCAUUAUUUUGAUACUCCAGCUGUGUAAUUGUCAACUUGUAAAUUUGCUGGCAGUAGAUGUGAUCGAUGACCACGUUCACAGGAAUGCCAUAGCUUUUCAACCUUUUGCUAUGUUAUUUCUUGUUUCACCUUCCAACCCAUUUUAUCUCCAUACAGAGCAUAGAAACAUGCCUCUAGAUGAUGCUAUGAGACUCGUGGGACAAAAUUUCGAUCAAUACAUGCAAGACCUUCGUGAGCGAGCGAAAUCUAGCAGCACCCAAGAAAGUAGCAACACCAAGACAACGGCCCCCCAGGAUACCGUGAAGUCGGACAUCACGUCACUCCUUAGUAAGGCAGCCAGUGGUGAAGACCUUUCGGCAGAUCAGCUAACAAAGCUGAUUGACAAUUUGUCUAAACGACAAGAACAAAUUUUGGGAGACUCUACAGCAGCCAAUGGCAAGGGAGGUAAUGACGCAACAUAUUCUUUUCCUGCCCUCAACACAGUUCUUCGCGAAAGACAAUCUUUUUAUUUCGGUUACUUAUUUUUUUUCCUCGCAACUGUUCAAGGGUAAGAAUACAGUCUGUUCAAGUACAAGUGGAUAUGAUCACAUUAGCGUGUCAUUGCGGGCGGUUAACGUUUGUUUUAUUAUACUGUGCGCGUGACUGGUCCUUAGCCAAAACUACUUAAUUUUGUUGCAAAAAAAAAGUACGUCAUUGCUAAAACAUUUUCCGCCAUAUACACUACUAUAAUUGAAACCGUCUGUGAUGCACAUGACCUUAGUAAUGUUUUAGCGUUACAAAAAGCGUGCAAAACUACUUCCUCAGAAAGGAGUCACUGGGUUGUUUCAAUUAAACCCUGGUUGAAUCCUCUUAUGGUCAAUAGUACUGCAAGUUCGUUGAAUUGAUUAUAACGUGGACAUUUUCCAGUUCUUAAUGCAAAGGGAGUGUCACAACAAUACAAAAGAAAUAUCUAUGACAUACCACUACCAGUUCCACCUGCUCUUUUCACAAACAACUGGUUUAAAUUAUUUACUCUUAUUUUCAAAUUGCACGUUUUGAAUCAUUCCACCAGCGAAUAGUUAAACAAUAAUACUUCUCUCUCCCUCCAGUAAAAGUAAAAAGGAAGUGAAAAUGCUCCUCGAUUGAAAAGAAAAAGAAAUGCGUUGAUAAACGUCUAUAGACUUAAUUUUGUCCAAUAAUGGCAACCACCCGGCUUUUUUGCGGUCAGGUCUUUUCACGGUUACUUUGGACGUGACAAACUAGGUUCUUUUGUUAUUGUUCUGUAGGAACUUCGCAAAUGUUUGUGCUCUUAUUUGAAUCUAAUGAUUAUUACUUGUACUUGAAGUCGAGUUCUCUGUUUUCUAUCGUCAGUUUCUAUUCACACGCAAACGAAGUGGGUUUUUUGCAUUGGAUCUAAAAGUUGCAGUUAAAAGUAUCACAAAUUAAGGCCACUAGGCAUGACGGAAAUCGUCAUCCAUUGGCUGUUUUUGCUUUUUACGUUCUUUUUGCUCAAUUAAUAGUUACUCAUUGUUCAUCUUGGUCCAUUUGCACCUACUUUCUCGCCAGGCGUUACAGUUAGUCAGUCCAGUCAGCCAGCCGUGGAUCCUCAGUCCAUUGCCAAACAACAAGCUGACCUACAAGCGAAGAUAUUAAGCAUUUUGAAUCCUGGUGGUGGUGCUAAAACCGGCAGUAUACAGAACUCUGGUAGCCUGGCAUCUCAGCAAACACAAGGUGCUGUCACUGCACCUGCUUCCCAAGGUGCUGCGAAACCAGCAUCACUGAGCACCACAGUGAAGCCAAUAUUUCCACUGUAUCCAACGCAACAGAAACCAGCUGCUCUUGCAGCUAGCACUGCAGGGUCAACAGUCAAAGCUCCUGUGGGCACCGCAGCAACAAAGCCUUUGUAUUCCACUCCAUCGAACCAAGCGUAUAAGACGGCGUCACCGUACAGAGCCACUGCCCCUGCAAACUCCUAUAAUGCAAUUGCAACUGUGGCAGGAAAUCAAGCAGGAUCGUAUCAGGUCAGCAAGCCAGUGUCCCAAAACACGUAUACAUCAGUGUCGAACCAAGCUACUGCUGCUUCUGCUUCAAGUGCUGCGUAUGGUGUGAAGGCAUCUACUGGCCCGGCAUCCCAAUCCAAUUGGUUACAGAGGAUUAGUCAGCAAUCAUCAGGCACUUCUGCAGCAAUCCCUGUGGUUUCUAAAGUCAGCCCUGGUGGAAAGGCCAUUACAACAGCUGUGGGGUCAAGACCUGGUGUUAACUCGGCACCACGUGCUGUAACGCCAACUGCAGUCGGUGGCGUAAGACCAAUGCCCACCGCAGGUGGCCAGAUGAGAACUCCUUCUCCUGGUUUGCUUGGGCCGCCUCCUGUAGGAACACCGAGGUUUAGACCAUCUGGAGUUGUAAGGACUCCAACAUCUUCAGGGACGCCGGGCGUGCGGAUGGUUGCUCCGAGAGGCCCUUCACCAGUUGGUCGGGGCGUGGUGAGGACGUCUUCCCCGGCCGGUUUACAAGGUCAGACUGUUGCUUCUCGAGGAGGAGCAAUCUCAGUUCGAGGUGGAGUUGCUGGUGCAGGUGGUACCUCUGCCACAGGUCGUGGAAGUUUUGCCACUCAAGCCACUACCCCAAGAGGUGGUUCUGCUCAGCGAGGUGCUGUUAUUGUUCGUGGCACUCCUACUCCUCGGGGUGCUACCCGUGGUGUCCCAGCUACUCGUGGUGCCCCAUCUACUCGUGGUGUGCCUCUAGCUCGUGGUGUGCCUGUGUCUCGUGGUGCUCCUGCCACUCGUGGGGCUCCAGCACCUCGUGGUGCUCCUGUCUCAUCCAGUGGCGCUCGUGGUACCCCUGUUACUCGUGGUACACCUUAUUUGCGCGGUGCCCCUACUGGUCGUGGUACUCUGGCGACUCGUGGCUCUCCCAUAGGUACAAUAACCUCCAAUCGUGGUGCUCCUCGAGGGAGGCCAAUGAUGCGAGGCGGACCUCCAUAUCGUGGUGGGGGACGUGGCGGAUAUUGAUAAACAUAAUAGGGAUGCUGAACGUUUUUUAAAGCGUGCUUCAGGAACAGUGAUUGUUGUAUUGUUAGAAUAUUUUUUGGCCUUCAUUUUCCGUGUAUUCUGCCUCUGGGGCGUUAAAAUGCCAAAUUUCAUGGAAUUUUUACACAUCUUGCAGUUUUAAGAUACUUACCAAAACGUUUACCGUGGCUGUUAUUAGAAACUUGCUCAACGACAGUUUCAUGUUAAUUUUAGUUCGCAAUUUUUAUCGUCUUGUUUGUUUUUAUCAAACGGACUGUCCUUUAGUCUAAUUUUCGAAAUGCAUUUGUAAUAUCUUCUUCAAGUGAGAAAGUCUUUCGCCGAAGAAAUGUAAUAGUGUUGUUAAUCGGGUUUUAUGUCGCUCGUAGUAAUACCAUAAUUAAAUUUAGACAAUGGCAAUGCGUAUGAUGUUUGCAUAAUUCUUUUAGUUUCCUUAAACCACAACCUGAAAAUUAGCGCAUUGAAUGCGUGUGUAAUGCCAUAGUUUGUACGUCAGAGUCGCUGCUAUUUACUUGAAUCUUUAUGGAUUAAAAAAGAUUGUUAAGUCACGACAAGUGUUAAAGGUUAAAUUGCACAAAACUGUUUUUCUCACAGAGGGCAGCACAAGUGUGCACCUGAUUGUAUUGUAUAAGCGAUAUCAAAGAAUAUUUCUGUGUCUGACCGAGAAAAAUCCACGCAAAUGUCCAAGUUGGACAGGCCCUCUACUCCUACACCCACUGAAUGUCCAGGCUGUGUAGGCAUGAAUGUGGUUAAUGAGUUAUAGAAUAGACCAUUUAACAAAGAGUUAAAGGCCUCUGCUAACGACAAAGGUCAAGGGGCAGCAUUCAAUUAAAUCUACCUGGGGCAGUGACGGGAUUAUAAUGGAUAUUGGUUGUUAAAGUACUUGGCUUAUUGGCGACAAAGUGAUCACUUAAAGUAGGAAAACAGCCAAACUAAGAAAGUGUUGGAGAUGUGUUUAACUCGGGGUCGAUUCGUUUUCGAUUGCGUGAAAAGCAUAAAUUAUACUGCGGCGGCAUCUCGGAAAAGUGGUACGGUUCUAAAUACAAGUGUGCGAGAUUAAGAAAAAUCCGGAAGGAAGAUAUUAAUAACGACAUAAGUUACUACUUAAAAGUGUAAGCUCGUGUGUUUGCAACACAGGUAGCUCACCAAAGGUUUUGAGGGCUGCGAAAUCAAAAGUUCUUCGUAAAUUUAGAACAGUAUUUGUCGCUUCGUCGCCUUCCGGUUUUUUUUUAGCUUCCUCGAAGUCAGAGGAUAAAAAUACCCUUUUGUUAACAAGUUGUGAAAACAAAUUGUACCUCAUUGACGUGGUUGAUCGUUGGCGGUUUGGUUGAGUGUCGA